CCAUUCACAAGAGCACCCUCCCCACCCAAAAAAAAAAAAAUCCAUCACUGACUUCUCACCACAAUGAACUCCAAACUCUAAGGCCCACUGGACCUGGCCUCUUUCUACCCGGUCUCUCUAAAUCUAAGCCUAGUCUAGUCAGCUUCCAGGCCUUUCUACACGUUUGCUGCUGUCCCUGCUUCCCAGAGAGCCAUGGCUUACACCAGGGCCAUGGUCAGAGAAAUCUCCUGGCCAUCCCCUCACCCUCAAACUUAAAGUGCCUUCCCAGUACCAGCUAUCAGUUCCCCGUAUUUAUUGUCUGACUCAUAGUGGAUGUUCUUCAGUAAAUACUAGACCGAGCUCUGCAUUGGCCAUGUCUUCGGAAUGAUAGAUAGAUAGAUAGAUGGAGCUCUGACGUGGACUGGGUUAUGCAUUGAAGGUGUUCACCACAAGGCGAGCUGGUCAAACCCACCAGCUUUCUCCAAAGGAGAAAGAGAAGACUUUCUAGAUACAUCUCAGAAACUCAAAGGUCAGAUCUGCCCUGCCCCCCGGGGUCAUUCAUUGUUAUGAGUGGGAGUCGACUUGAUGGCAGUGAGUUCUUGAGCUUUUAUGGGUUGGAAUCAACGCCUUGGCGGUGGGUCUGGUGUUUGGCUUUUUAGAAGGACACCUAUUUCAGAGAGGAUGAUGCUGAGCAAGGGCCUGAAGCGCAAGCGGGAGGAGGAGGAGGAAGGGCUGGCAGUGGACACCUGGUGGCUGGAUCCUGGUCACCCAGCCGUAGCACAGGCCCCGGCGGCCACCGCCGCCUCCAGCUCCCUCUUUGACCUCUCAGUGCUCAAGCUCCAUCACAGCCUGCGGCAGAGUGAGCCAGACCUGCGGCACCUGGUACUGGUCGUCAACACACUGCGGCGAAUCCAGGCUUCCAUGGCACCCGCCGCCACCCUGCCGCCCGUUCCCAGUCCACCCCCUGCCCCCGGAGUGGCUGACAGCCUGCUGGCCAGCUCGGAUGCCGCCCUCUCUGCCUCCAUGGCCAGCCUCCUGGAGGACCUGAGCCACAUUGAGGGCCUGAGCCAGGUCCCCCAGCCCCUGGCAGACGAGGGGCCCCUGGGCCGCCCCACUGCGGGGGCACCCCCCAGCCUGGGUGCCCUGGAUCUGUUGGGCCCCGCCACUGGCUGUCUGCUGGACGACAGCCUGGAGGGCCUCUUUGAGGACAUUGACACCUCCAUGUAUGACAGUGAACUCUGGGCCCCUGCCUCCGAGAGCCUCAAGCCCGGCCCUGUGGAGGGGCCAGGCAAGGAGGAGACCACCCCAGAGCUGGACGAGGCCGAGCUGGACUACCUCAUGGACGUGCUAGUGGGCACGCAGGCACUAGAACGGCCACCAGGCCCGGGGCGCUGACCCACAGGACUGGCAAGUGUGGACUGCCAGUGGACCUGAGCUAAUGGCCGGGCCAGCUCUCCACGGAAGAGCAGAGUUGGCAUCUGGUCCAGAGAGAGGGGUGUGGGCCCAUCUGGUCACACAGAACCCAGGACUGGGCAACUUCACAGCACUGCUCUUGUUACAGGUGGGCGGGGGAGUCUGGGAUUGGUCCCAGGCUGUGUACAGGGUCUGGGACCCCGGCAUGCCCAUGGGCCAGGCCCAGGGCCGGACUGAACUGCCUGGUAUUCUCCCUCGAUGUGGGAAAAGACCUGAAUCCAGUUUUGAAAUUAAAAGCAUCCCUGAGAAAUCGAUUA